AUGGGAGACGUUCAUCAAGAAGAUGCAGGCGUCAAUGGCGCUAACAACAAUGGUCCACCUAACCAACAGCGAGCAGCUCGGCCCAUUGGCACUUACGACCGUCCAAACAUUCAUGAUGAUGAAGUGGUGAUUGUUGAUGAGAAGACCAAUGACGAGAUCUUGGAAAAGAUAGUGGAAGCCAAAGGAAAAGGAAAGGUUGGAGAAGAGAAGAAAACAGUUAAAGAUGGUGAAGUUGUCACUCCUGCAAGUGAAAGUUCUUUUGUUCCUCCUGCCUAUGAACCUAAGCUUCCAUUCCCAGGUCGAUUCAAGAGGCAGUUGCUAGAGAAGUACAAAGCUCUGUUUGACAAGCAAAUGAGUGAAGUCCAGGUCACAAUGCCCAUUAUUGAUGCUUUCAUGCUGAUUCCUCAGUACAGUAAGUUCCUAAAAGAUGCUGUAGCUGCAAAGAAGAAAGAGAUGGAGGGCAUGGUGAUUCUCACUCAUGAGUGCAGUGCUAUCAUUCAGAGGCUGGUCAUACCAAAGAAGCUAGAAGAUCCAGGAUGCUUCACAUUACCUUGUGCUCUUGGGCCUAUGGUAUUCGAUAGGUGUCUCUGCGAUUUGGGAGCUAGUGUCAGCUUGAUGCCCCUAUCUGUUGCUAAGAAGCUCGGUUUCACUCAGUACAAGAAGUGUAGACUUUCUCUGGUAUUGGCUGAUCGUUCAGUUAAGUACCCUGUGGGUAUCUUAGAGGACCUCCCAGUGAUGGUUGGAAAUUAUGAGAUCCCUACAGACUUUGUAGUGCUUGAAAUGGGUGAAGAAGCUCAAGACCCUUUAAUCCUUGGAAGGCCUUUCUUAGCCACAGCUGGAGCCAUUGUUAAUGUGAAAGAAGGCAAGAUUGAUCUCCAUCUGGGUAAAGGGCACGUUCUCCAUUUCGACAUCAAGGAGGUAAUGAGGAGGCCAACAGUUCAAGGGCAGGUGUUCUACAUUGAAGAGAUGGACGCCCUUGCUGAUGAAAUCCUUGAAGAGUUGUCACUAGAGGACCCUCUACAGCAUGCUUUGACUGUAGAGAAAGAGGCUGAGGUGGUUGAGAACCUGGAGAGUACUGCCUAUGGGAUGAUGCUGGAUUCACACCAGGGGUUUUUCAGUGAGGAUCAGUACGAGGAGCUUCCCCAGAUGGUUCACCAAGAAGUCUCAGUCACUCAACAAGAGGACAACAAGCAAGAUGACUGGAGUGAACUUAAGGCACCUAAAGUGGAGCUUAAACCUCUUCCCCAUGGUGUAAGGUAUGCAUUUCUUGGUCCUAAUGAAACUUACCCUGUCAUUGUGAGUAGUGAACUUACUGAAAGUGAGCUAUCUGAACUUUUGAGAACACUUAAAAGAUUUAGAAAGGCAAUAGGUUACUCACUAGAUGACAUCAAGGGGAUAUCACCCUCUCUGUGCAUGCAUAGGAUACAUCUUGAGGAUGAAUCAAUGACUUCUAUCGAGCAUCAAAGAAGGUUAAAUCCUAACCUGAAGGAUGUUGUAAAGAAAGAGAUUCUUAAACUCCUAGAUGCUGGUGUUAUUUACCCUAUCUCAGAUUCUAAAUGGGUAUCACCUGUGCAUGUUGUACCAAAGAAAGGUGGUAUCACUGUGAUUAAGAAUGACAAGGAUGAAUUGAUACCAACAAGAACCAUCACAUGUCAUAGAAUGUGCAUUGAUUACCGAAAACUAAACUCUGCAUCUAGAAAGGAUCAUUUUCCAUUACCAUUUAUUGAUCAGAUGCUUGAGAGACUUGCAAAUCACCCAUUCUAUUGUUUCCUUGAUGGGUAUUCAGGAUUUUUCCAAAUCCCCAUACAUCCCAAUGAUCAAGAGAAAACGACAUUCACAUGUCCAUAUGGUACCUUUGCAUAUCGAAGGAUGCCAUUUGGUCUAUGUAAUGCUCCAGCCACCUUUCAAAGGUGCAUGAUGUCAAUUUUCUCUGAUCUGAUUGAGGAUGUUGUGGAGGUAUUUAUGGAUGAUUUCUCUGUCUAUGGAUCUUCGUUUUCUGCUUGUUUGUCAAAUUUGUGCAGGGUCCUACAGAGAUGUGAAGACACCAACCUUGUGCUGAAUUGGGAGAAGUGUCACUUCAUGGUCAAGGAAGGGAUUGUGCUAGGACACAAGAUUUCAGAGAAGGGGAUUGAGGUGGAUAAAGCCAAAAUCGAUGUUAUGGUUGGUCUGCCUCCACCAAAGACAGUGAAAGACAUCCGGAGUUUUCUUGGCCAUGCUGGAUUCUACAGGAGGUUCAUCAAGGAUUUCUCCUUGAUAACUAGACCUUUGACCAGGCUGCUGUGCAAGGAAGCUACCUUCAGUUUUGAUGUGGAAUGCCUACAAGCUUUCAAGAAGCUAAAAGGUGAACUCGUUAGUGCCCCAAUUGUCCAGCCACCUGAUUGGGAUUUUCCUUUUGAGAUCAUGUGUGACGCCAGUGACUAUGCUGUGGGAGCUGUUUUGGGGCAGAAGAAAGAUGGCAAAACCCAUGUGAUCUACUAUGCCAGCCAAACCCUCAAUGAUGCUCAGAUGAGGUAUGCCACAACAGAGAAAGAGAUGCUGGCAAUUGUUUUUGCCUUUGAGAAGUUCAGGAGCUACUUGGUUGGGUCUAAAGUCAUUGUCUACACCGAUCAUGCUGCCUUGAGACACCUUUUGGCCAAGAAGGAUGCAAAACCCAGGCUUUUGAGGUGGAUCCUUUUGCUCCAAGAGUUUGAUAUGGAAAUCAAAGACAAACCCGGAGUUGAGAAUGGAGUAGCUGAUCAUUUGUCCAGGUUGAGGGUAGAGUCUGGUAUCCCUAUUGACGAAGGACUUCCUGAGGAGCAGAUCAUGGCUAUCGAAGCAGUGAUAGCAGUCUGUGAGACUGGUAGGAAGCUGGAAGAAGUCCAAGCAACAGAGGAGAAAGAACCUUGGUAUGCCGAUUUAGUGAACUACCUAGCCACAGGAAAAGAACCUCUGAAUCUUGUGGGCUAUGCCAAGAAGAAGUUCUAUAAGGAUGUGAAAAGAUACUACUGGGAUGAGCCCUACCUCUACAUUCUCUGCAAGGAUCAGCUUUAUAGGAGAGUGGUUGCAAAUGAGGAGAUUAAUGGGAUCCUUGCACAGUGUCAUGGAUCAUCCUAUGGAGGUCACUUUGCCACCUUCAAAACAGUUGCAAAAGUAUUACAAGCUGGAUUCUGGUGGCCACAUAUGUUCAAGGAUACACAAGACUUUGUUUCGAAGUGUGAUUCUUGCCAAAGAAGAGGAAACAUCACCAAGAGGAAUGAGAUGCCUCAAAAUCCAAUCCUUGAAGUUGAAGUGUUUGAUGUCUGGGGUAUUGACUUCAUGGGACCAUUUCCAUCAUCUUUUGGCAACAAAUAUAUCCUUGUGGCUGUUGAUUAUGUCUCCAAAUGGGUGGAAGCCAUUGCAAGCCCCACCAAUGAUGCUAGAGUUGUAAUCAAGAUGUUCAAGAGCAUCAUCUUCCCAAGGUUUGGAGUUCCAAGAGUUGUAAUCAGUGAUGGAGGUUCCCACUUCAUUAACAAACUGCUUGAGGGACUUCUCAAGAAGAACGGUGUGAAGCACAAGGUGGCAACUCCUUAUCAUCCCCAAAGAGUCGUGCGUGGGAGCGAGGUCUCACAGCGACACCUCAAGGUCGCUCCAGCUGGGAGCGAGAGCAAGGUGAAAAUGGUUAAGAAGACCAAGGGAAGGUUGGAAGCUGAGAGGCAAGAAGCCGAAAGUCAAGAGUUUGCCCUAAGAGAAAAAGCUUUAACCAGCGAGCCAACUGGCUCAGGGACGCAGAGGACUGUGCGACAGCAGACGUUGGCUGCAAGGAAAUCGAAAGAACCCGAGAAGAGGGCAGGGAAAAGUGUACCAGUUCCCACCCAUGAGGAAGGUGAAACUGAGAGUGAAGAUGAGCCGGCACCUACGAAGAAAGCCAAGAUGUCAAAGGGCAAAGGGGUUGCUGUUGAUCGAGACAGAGCGAAAACUCCAUCUGUGGAGGAGCUAUAUGAUCAUUUGAAGAAUGGAGUCACUUGGGCUCCAACCAGGUUUGCCGACCUCGAUUUGCUGAAGGAGUUGGGUCUAGAGUCUGAUAUUGAGGAUGUCACUUGUCAGUUCCUAUCCUCUCUUGUGGUCACUUACCACGACACGGCGCAUGUGAGACAAGGAUGGGGAAAAAUCAGGUUCAAGGUCAAUGGAAGAGAAUACAACAUGAACUUCAAGGACAUUGGGAGGGUCAUGGGGUUCCAAGACCUAGAAGACCACUCACUUCCCAAGUGUGAGAACCUCCCCACAGAGCUCUGGAAGUUGAUCACUGGAAACAAGCACUCUACCGGGGCGGACAAGAACUCACACAUCCGACACCCGUCUGUACGCUACCUCCACAGAUUGCUAGUCCAUGCUUUUUACCCACGGAAGCAAGCGGGUACGACACAUCUGAGCAUAUCUAUGGACCUCCGCGCUACUACUUCAAGCCCCAUGACGGAGUCCUUCCCCCUGGAGCUCUCCGUGAUGCUCAUGACCACAUUGGUCGUCUCCAGAGGUGGAACAAAGCUCAGGACAGAACGAUAG